GGCUUUUAUUUUGAAAAGGAUUUGUGCUUCCGGGUUGUGAACGUUUCAGUUUCCUGAUUAACAUUACUAACUAGCUAUCUUUUGGACAGCAGCAAAGAAUGCAGUUUUUUUAAGCCCGAAGUGACUGACAGUGAUGCAUGGGACAUUUUAUUGACAGUCAUUGGAAAGAUUCUGAAUGGGGGGGGCUUGCUUCUGAGAACUGACGGCAGCCACAAAUCACCAGUCACAUUUUCCCUGCAGCUGACCCGACUGCAACUACCAUUAUUCCAGCCCGUAAUUAACCUGACAUGUCUCAACCGAAGGAGUCAGGCGAUCGUGGGAAAGACAGGGAGCGGGGCGCCCGUCCCAAGGUGAGACAGAGCCGGUCUGAGGAGAGAAGAGAUGCCGGUGGAAGAGGAAAGAAAAAAGGCCAUACGUCCCGUGAGCAGCAAGCUGCGGAGCGGCCUGUCAGCGAUGGGUUUGAGUAUGGGGAUCUGCUGACUGGUCUAGAGCCCAGGGACCGCUGCUCCUCCUCUCCCCUGAAAGAGGGCAGGAGAUGGCAGGGCCAGGAGGGGGUCACUUCACUCAGCCAGGACAGGGGGACAGCCAGGCUGGCACAGGGGACACUUGAGCCACCAGCCAGUGAGGCUGAGGGCAGGGGGGCAGGUGGCAGUCGCACACUCCGCCAAAAGAUUCAGGAUGCCAUGGGGCAGUGUUUCCCCAUAAAGACCAACACUCCAUCAUUGUCCAGUUCCACUCAGCAGGUCUUCACGCCGCAAGCUGCAGCUGCUGCCUCCUCACGCCGCAAGAUCCACCUUAGUGAACUCAUGUUGGACGACUGUCCCUUCGCUGCAGGCACCGAGCUGGCUCAGAAGUGGUACCUCAUCAAGCAGCACACAGCCCCCAUCUCCACACCUCCUAUAGUGGACACCUUGGUGGUCAGCACUAGUGCCUCUGCCUCAAACAUGGCCGCCGUGGUGGAGGAUGUGGAUGACCGGUUACGAGAGCGCAGGCGCAUCAGCAUUGAGCAAGGCGUAGAGCCACCUCCCAACGCAGAGAUCCACACGUUUGAGGUGACGGCCCAGAUCAACCCGCUGUACAAGCUGGGGCCCAAACUGGCCCAUGGUAUGAAUGAGCUUGCAGGGGACGACAGGGCUACCAUUCACCAGCAACAGCAGCUGCUUCUCCAGAGGCAGCAGCAGCACCAGCUCCUGCUGCAGAGCUGUCUGGACACUCUGGAUGAGGCAGUGGCUGUGGCUGCCUCCUCUUCUGCCUCAGCAUCUGCCUUGGUCUCUGUCUGUGAGGCUGCUUCUGUCCCUGACCCCGUGGAUGACCCUCAGGUCACAGCCAGCGUCCAGCCAACCAGAGCUGCCGUUCCCCAGACUGAGGGUCCCCCUACUCAGGACGGCUAUCGCAUCCACACCCAGAUCGACUACAUCCACUGUCUGGUGCCUGACCUGUUGCAGAUCACUAACCUACCCUGCUACUGGGGUGUGAUGGACCGCUAUGAGGCCGAGACUCUGCUGGAGGGCAAACCAGAGGGCACCUUCCUCCUCCGCGACUCAGCCCAGGAAGACUACCUCUUCUCCGUCAGUUUCCGCCGCUAUGGCCGCUCGCUGCAUGCCCGCAUCGAGCAGUGGAACCACAACUUCAGCUUCGAUGUGCACGACCCAAGUGUGUUCCACGCGCCCACCGUCACGGGGCUGCUGGAGCACUACAAGGACCCCAACUCCUGCAUGUUCUUCGAGCCUCUACUGUCCAACCCCAUCCACCGCACCCUGCCCUUCAGCCUGCAGCACGUGUGCAGGGCGGUGAUCAGCAGCCGCACCACCUACGACGGCAUCAACGUGCUGCCCAUCCCCAACACCCUGAAGAAACACCUGAAGGAGUACCAUUACAAGCAGAGGGUGAGGGUACGGAAGAUGGACACCUGGUGGGAAUAACAAAGAACUUCUGAUGGAAGUGAACCACAACUAGGCUACUAACUAAACACUCAAUGGAGGCGGGCCUCGCUCAGUGGACAACCAGUUGACUCACUCCAUUUUUUUUUAAAUUAACAUAUAUUUACCUACUGCAUUCACUGUAUACCUAGCUACCUGUUUUAUUUAUUAUUUGCCAUAUAUGACGUCUUAUACUUGUCUCAAACUCUGGAUAUAAUGUUAAUUAAAUUACGAUGCACAUA